CAUUGGCGAACCGCGAAGCUUGUCGAUUCAAUUUCAUCAACGUUCUCUAAGCUUUUCGAUCCUUGCCGCACUUGGUGAUCGCGAUCCAGGACGCAAUAGAGAUUCGUCCGUUACUGACUUGCUCGCAGCUGCGGUUCGCCGACCUUCCAGGGAAACCGAGGAGCGUACCGUGGCGGCAUUGUUCGGUUAAGGUCUUGGUCGCGAAGAGUUUUUUGUGAGGAACGUUUGGUGCAUGGUGCCCGGACGUGGAGCUGUUUGGAUCUCUCUCGGAGAAGCUCGGGCGGAGGAGAGUUUAUGUGUAGCGGAGUGCUUUGUUCUCUGGGUCCGAGAUCGACUCGCAGGUGACUAUCAGUGGAUUAGCAAUGGGCCAGCAACCUGGAGUACAGCACGUUGAUACUACAUGUGGCUCGUUGCUUCGCGAGCUCCAGCACAUAUGGGAUGAAGUUGGAGAAAGCGACGCCGAAAGAGAUAAGAUGCUUUUACAGUUAGAGCAGGAAUGUCUAGAGGUUUACAGACGGAAAGUGGAUAAUGCCAGUCAUAACCGCGCUCGUCUGCAUCAAAUUCUUGCUAACGCCGAGGGGGAAUUUGCAGCGCUCUUUUCUGCUCUCGGUGAACCUACGCUAAGUCUACGAGAAAGACGCACAGGCACUUUGAAGGAGCAAGUUGCCUCGAUUGGACCUCAUCUAGAUGAACUACGCAAGAGAAAGGAGGAACGUGCGAGACAAUUCCGCGAAGUGAAGACGCAGAUUGCCAACAUUUGCGGGGAAAUUGCAGGAUCGAAUUAUUCGGAUAUGUACGAUGAUGAUGAGCAGGACCUCACCCUGAGGAGGCUCGAAGAGUACCAGGCUCAACUAGCCACUCUACAGAAAGAGAAGAGUGAACGUGUGCACAAAGUGCUGGAGUAUGUGAACUUGAUCCAUCAGUAUUGUUCAGUGAUGGGAAUGGAUUUUUUCCAACUCGUCGCUGAGGUUCACCCUAGUCUGGAUGAAGCGAAGGGACUUCCGAAGAGUAUUAGCAAUGACACUCUUGAUCUUCUUGUGAAGACCAUUCAGUCUCUGGAAGCUGAAAAGAGGCAACGAGUUUCGAAGGUCAAGGAACUGGGCACGUCAAUGUUGGAGUUGUGGGACUUGAUGGAUGCCCCAAUUCAAGAACAACAAAUGUAUGAGCAUAUCACUUGUAACAUUGCGGUUGAGGAAGAUGACAUCACUGCUAGGGGAUGCCUCUCCUUGGAGAAUAUUGAGCAGGCAGAGGUUGAGGUCGAAAGAUUACAAUUGUUGAAAACCAGCAGGAUGAAGGAUCUCGUUCUGAAAAAGCGGUUGGAGCUUGAGGAAGUGUGCAGGAAUGCACAUAUGGAGCCAGAUCCAAGCACCGCCGAAGAAAGACUUGUUGCUUUGAUUGAAUCCGGCAUGGUUGAAGCAGCUGAUCUUCUCACUAAUCUUGAGGGCGAGAUUAGCAAAGCGAAACAAGAAGUGGCCAGCAGGAGAGAUGUUAUGGUGCUUAUGGAGAAAUGGAUGUCUGCUUGUGAAGAGGAGGGAUGGCUUGAAGAGUACAACAAGGAUGAGAACCGAUUUGCGAGCAAAGGUGCACACCUCAAUCUCAAGCGUGCCGAGAAGGCGCGCGCAGCCAUCGCUAAAUUACCAGCUUUGGUGGAUUCACUUACGCAGAAGACUCGAGCUUGGGAAGAAGAACGAAAUGCUCCUUUUAAGUUUGAUGGGGUACGGCUGCUUGCAAUGCUGAAUGAAUACAACCACCUUAGAGAAGAGAAGGAGGAAGAGAAGCGGCGAUUAAGGGACCAGAAGAAGCUGCAAGAACAGUUGUUGAAUGAGAAAGAGAGUCUGUUUGGGUCGAAGCCCAGUCCAAGUAAGAUAGCCAUUAACCCUAGAAGAGCUGGCAUCGGUUCUCGAGCCAGUAGUAUUGGUACGCGUCAAGAAUCUGUACCAAACAGGCGGCUCUCUCUUGGGAGUGCUAUAAUGCAGCCAGCAACUCCGGAGUUUACUCGGAAUGGGAGUUUCACACGUACGGGGUCCUCAGUUGGCAAAGACAUGAAGCCAGGGCGACCACGUCCUGCCGCCCCUUCCAACCACAUCGUGAAUAGCAAGGACGAUCCAAGCUCUGCAGGUUGCAAGAAUGGUGUGUUUACCCGUAGUCAGCCCCAAGCACAAGAAUCAGCUGUAGCUUCUCGUCAACCUCUGUGCGCUUUCUCUCCUGCAGCCGCAUUGCAGGAAGUUCAUGUCGGUGAUGCCGGCAACCGUGCAGCCUACUCAGCGGUAAAUAGGCCUACCACCCCCUCAGCUGCUUACAUGAAGAGUCCUAUGAAGACGGCUACUCCCAGCAGUCCCCGGGUUGGAGACUUGGAGAAUACGGUCCCUCGCAUGCAACACAGUCUUGAGUUUUCGUUUGAGGAGCGGCGAGCCAGCGUUCCCUGUAUCGACGCGUAAACCGGAUACUGGGGCAGUGGUAACAGCUAGCAAGCAACCGAUUCAUCGACAGUUUUGUCUACUUACUGUACAUUUAGCCAUCGUGAGGUCUAGGCGAAUUGCCUCAUUGCUACAGUUUUAUCACCAGUCUACUCAACUGGGGUUCAGCAAGGUUUUCGGUUACGGUCAUGCAAGUUUCAGACUAUUGCUUAUUAUACUUAGUGGCGCGUGCCAGCAAAGGAAAAGCGAGUAUGAGUCCUCGAAAGCCUAAGAUUUUCUGUAGGCAUAUGAUCUCAUUCUGAGCCAAUCCAUGUUGGCUCCUCAGUGAAGAAUGUCUUACUUUUGUACAGUUACAAUUUAACGUUGCCUGAGUAUUCUCCCAGCAAAACCAA